AUGGGAAGACGUAAGAUCGACAUCCAGCCAAUAGUGCAGGAUAGAAAUAGAUCGGUUACAUUUAUUAAGAGGAAAGCCGGGUUGCUGAAAAAAGCUUAUGAGUUGAGUGUUCUAUGUCAAGUCGAUGUUUCAUUGAUUAUUCUAGGGACAAAUAAGACCCUUUAUGAAUUUAAAUCGAUGAAUGAUAUUGAUGAUUUUCUAACCUUCUAUAAAGAAAAUAAAUCAAAUGAAACUUUAAAUCAUUCAGUUAAAACUCCACUCGACUAUGAUGGGGAAUAUAGAAAAAACAAUGUUUAUGAAGCUAUUAGGAAAAACGAAAGUAGCAUUUCAAAUAAAAAAUCUAGGAAACCUUACACAAGGAAAUCUAAGGUCAAAGUUGAAUCAGUCAACGAAAGUGAUAACACUGGGCAUAGUAACAAUACAAAAUCAGAAACUAAAUCCGAGAAUAGUAGCGAGGAAUAUUUUGACGAGGAUGAUGAUGAAGAGGAAGAAGAAGUCAGAGUCAUCAAAAGUGAAUUUGAAGAUCCUGCAAAUAAUGAUACUGUGAUGUAUCAGGAAAAUGAAAAUGAACAAGUUCAUCGAUAUAAAAGGAGUUUAACGGUGGAUACAGACAAUGAAGAGAAGAAAAGAGCCAAAAGGGAUAAAGUCAAAUCUAUGUCACAUAAAUUCCAAAGUUUAUACCAUCAAACAACAAAUCCUCAAAAUAAUAUACUGAAAGAUAUUUCAAAUUCUCGGACAAGCUUAUCUUUAAAUCUUGGAACUGAGAAUGACAAUAUUAGGGUCAUGCCUUCAUCUAAUAUUGAUAGAUUUUCAAGUGCACCAGCUUUGCCUAAUUUACCAUUACUCAGUAAACCAAAUAUAAGCAAUUCAAGACUAAAUUAUGUGCCUAAUACGGAUAAUAACUUGCCAACAAGAAGACCAAUUCUUAGAGUUCAUAUUCCAAAUGAUAAUACAACUAAUAACACAGCCACCGGAAAUACCUUAUUGGUUAAUUCAAAUGUAAGAGUAUCUACUCCCCUAACAGCAAAUAAUAAUGGGCGACCCCUCUCUUCUACCUCAUCCAAUUCCAGUGUAACGGCAUCACACUCGCAAGCAAAGUCAUACAAAACGACAGAUGAGGACACAAGAAACAAAUCAGCUGGUCAAACACCAACUCAAGGAAACCAAAACAUUCUCUCUAAUGGAUCACUAAUGUUCGAUAAAAAUGAUAUGCAAAAGGUAGGUUAUAAAUCUCCUAUGACUGCAAAUUUUGGGUUACAUUCCGUAUUCUCCUCAUUUCCUUCUGCCCAACCAUAUGUUGCAACUCCUUUACAAAGUUUCAAUGUGAAUAAUAAGAAUCCAUCGAAUGCAUCACAAAAUACAUAUACUCAAUACUUUCAGAAGCAAAUACAGCAGCAAGUACAAGCGGGAAAACAUCAGCCCAAUGGUCAGAUGAAAUUAAAUUCUCCAGUUAUAGCAGAUUCACCAAAUAUUGUGAACAAUGGUCCAUUGACUGGCUCUCUCCCCUCCAAAUUUGCUCAUGAUUUAAUCUUUGCAUCUCCAAGCACAUCGUCGCCAAUGUUUCGUGAUUGGAAUAUAAAACAGGAAUACUCACCAGCCACCGCUGCCCCUAUUGAUAACAAUACACUUCCUCAUAAUGAACAAAUCAAUUCCAACGCUACAAACAUGUCGAGUGAGAUACCUGCUUCAGCAUUCCCAGAAAAUAGCGGUCUAACCCCUUAUAUAACUUCCAAAUUACCUCCAUCUGCUACAGGGAAAUAUUUUAAUUUUUCGAACGAAGCUAGCAACGAUGAUACUAAAAUAAUGAAUAACAUUAAUAAAUUAUCUGCUCAACAAAGGUCCGAAGAUGAUCUAAAUUCAUCCCUAAUUUCUAACAAUAUAAAUGGACCACAGAACAAUGAAAAUCAAAACUAA